CCCCGCUCCCCCCCCCCACACAGCACGGAAGCGGCGCGGCGGGGCCCACGCGUGUCCGAGGCCCUUCCCGGGGCGCUGUGGGGGCUGCGUGGGCCCCUCCCUGAGCCCACGCCGCUUCUGGGGCUGGCUCCGGUGUUUUUAUUUUUAUUAUUAUUAUUAUUUUUUAUCCCCCACCCCACGCCUUGCCCAUGGAGCAAGCGCUGCGGGCUCUCCGCCGGGGGGCCGCCAGGGUGGUGCUCGGGGCUGGGGGCCACGGCCCCACGCGGGACAUUUGCCCCCCGUGGGGCUGCCGGCCGCUGGCUGCUGGGCCGGGGCCUUCCCCAGGCGCUCAGCUUCCAGCUGCGGACCCUCAGGGGGCGGCUGAGGCGGGGGGCGAUGCCCGCGGCUCCCCACGGACACGCGUGGGGCCGGACCCCCGGAGACGGAGGGGGGUCGAGGGUUGUGAGAGGGGACCCCGGGGGGCUGCAGGAGCAGGGCAGGAGGGGUGGAGGUGGCCGGGUGGUGAGGUCCCAAAGGCCAGGAGGAGGCUGGAAGGGCUGCCUGUGGAGAGGACGAGGGGCUCGGAGAUCCUCUUCGGCAUCGCGCCGUGCGCCAUGGCCCUGUCGCAGUCCAGGAGGGAUCUGUUCAGGCUGUUCCUCAAGGAGGGUGCCGGUGCUCAGCACCUGGUCACCAGCGAGUUCGUCCUUCAGGCCACGGCCCGGGGGGUGCCCGUGCACCGUGUCCGGAGGAGAGAGCUGGAUGAGCUGUGCAGAGGCCGGGUGCACCAGGGGGUUUGUUUGGAGGCCUCCCCUCUGCGUUUCAAGAGUCUGGAGGAAGCCGAGGAGCCCGAGCUGGGGGGUGAAGAGGGUCCGAACCGGCAGCUGGUUUGGCUGGUGCUGGAGCAGAUCCAGGAUCCCAUGAACCUGGGCGCGCUGCUGCGCUCUGCAUACUUCUUGGGGGUGGACAGAGUGGUGACCAGCCAGAGGGACAGCUGCCCCUUGACUCCGACAGUGAGCAAAGCUAGCUCUGGAGCUAUGGAAGUCUUUGAUGUCUACAGCACAGAUGACCUCCGGAGCUUUUUGAAGGCUAAAGCUGCAGAAGGCUGGGAAGUUUUGGGAACGGUGAGCAAGCCCGAAGAGGUGGAAAACGUUCCUGUCAUCAGUUGCUCGGAAUUUCGGUGGAAUAAACCCAUUAUUAUAGUAAUAGGUAAUGAAGGGGACGGACUUUCCCUGGAGACGCAGCUCUUGUGCCAUCGGAUGCUGGCCAUUCCCCCUGGCAGAGCGCUUCACCCGGGGAUCGAGUCGCUGAACGUCUCUGUGGCUACUGGUAUUCUCCUGCACUCCAUCUGCAGCCAAAAGCUGAGGCAGUGACUGAUUUUUAUCGUGGCACGUGGUCGAGGUCUCCCAGCCUGGACCUUUGGCAGAGGGAGGCCGCUUGGCGUUUCAUGGCUGCUUCCAGUCGGUGUGGAUGUGGAAUUGCUCCUUCCAGGCUUUUCACCAUCUCUACAAUGUACAGGGUGAGCCCCGUUGGCCCGACCUGUGUUUUGGCUGGUGCACAAUGCCACCAGAGCCCUGGCUCAGUGCUGAAGUCAGAUGCCUUCAAGCAGUAGGUAACACCUCCCACCCUCAGAGGAAUGGUUGUAAGGAAGAGGAGACAAAGCUAGGUUUUAAAAGCAGACAGCCCAAUCCUUUGUUUUUUGCAAUAAAAUAGCCAGGGGACUUACAUUACUCGGGCUGUGGAGAGGAGUUCUUGGUUGGCACCCUCCUGGCUGCCAGGAGGGUGCUGACAACAAACAGGUUCGGUUUGGGACUACUCGAUAGCAAUUUAUUCCCGAGGCAGUUCCCCUGUUACAUAUUGCUAUUUGGAAGUCUCAAGUGCAGCGUUUUGUACUUGAUUGUAACAUGAAUCUGCGGCCGUGCCAAAGGAUGGACACAACCUGUUCCAAAGAGCUGUAGUGGGGAAAAAUGCAGCCCGUUGAAAUAAAGCCUCUGUGAAGAUCUCUUGUAGACUGAAA